AUGGACGAGCAGACUGAAGGGAUGGAUGUUGAGACGCAUUCUGCAAAUGAGAAAGUGAUGGAGGGCGAAGAACAAGAUGUGGGAGUCGAACAUGAGGACGUGGAAAGUGAUGAUAGGGAUGUAGGAAGCGAACAUGAAGAAACCCCCAAUAGGGACAGCCCGAAGGAGCAGGACAGCAGCAGCGUCAUCGACCGGAACACGCUGUGGAGUGACCUGUACAUCUCGAGGCCGUUCCUGAAGGUGCUCUACGAGGGCAAGUUCAACAAUCCCACGUUUAUCCAACGGGAUGUGAUACCUCUAGCCCUGGAGGGGAAAAGCAUUUUAGCUAACUCAGAAACGGGUUCAGGAAAAACGCUGGCGUUCGUGUUGCCCAUAUUAGAAAGACUGUUACACAGUCCCAACAUAAAAGUGAGAAGUUAUAAUCCGAGGAGCAUCUGCGUAACAAAAAGUUUAAUACUUUUACCAACGAGGGAACUAGCCCUUCAGUGUUACGACGUUGUGAAGAGUAUGACAAAAUAUGUGUCCAUUACAUAUUCACUUUUCUGUGGAGGAAUAGACGUAAAGCAACAGGAGCAUGAGUACAAAAAGAAGAAAGACAUUUUCAUUUGUACUCCAGGAAGGAUUUUAGAUUUGUUGUUGAACUCCUCCAGUGAUUUUAUAAACUACUUAGAAGUGGUAGUCUUUGAUGAAGCGGACAAAUUGUUGGAGUUGGGAUUUAAGGAGGAAUGCUUAAAAGUGUUAGAUGUGUGUAAAUUUAAGAAGCAGAUUUUAUUUUUUUCAGCUACUUUAACUAGGGAUAUCAAGGAGCUAGCUAAUUUUUCUCUUAAGAACCCAAUUUUUAUACAAAGCGGAGUGGAUAAUAGAAAAGUAGAUGCAAAGGGGGAUGUUGUGCCCAGUUGCAUUAGCAAUAAAAAAAUCUUAAAAUCAUUUAAAAUUUCAGAAAAAUUAAAUCAAGAAUUUGUGAAUAUUGUAAAUGAAAAGUAUAGAAGAGCAGCCCUACUGCAUCUGUGCAGUAAUGUGUAUAAGAAUCAUGCGAUCAUUUUUUUUAAGACAAAAAAAGAGACACAUCUAAUGUAUUUAAUUUUUUCCUUGUUCAAUUUCAAAUGUGCAGAGUUACAUGGUUCACUUACUCAAAAGAAGAGAAUAGAAUCCAUUUUGAAAUUUAAGAAAAAUGAAGUGGACUUUUUAUUAUGUACGGAAUUAGCAUCUAGAGGAUUGGAUAUUGAUCAUAUUUUGUAUGUGAUUAAUUAUAACUUACCAUCGAACGUUAUUAAGUACGUGCAUAGGAUUGGAAGAACAGCAAGGAUAGGGAAGGACGGUACGGCGAGUACUCUGUAUAGACCUAAUGAAAAAACGGAUGUGAAGAAAAUAAUUAAAGGAUUGAAAAAAAGCAAAAAUGCUAAAAUAUUUCGUAGGAACAUAUCCAAUGAUAGCAUUGUGCACUGGGAUGAUUUAUUGAGGAAGAAAAAAAAACAAAUUAAGGAAAUGAUAAAGGAGGAAAAGGAAAACAAGGAAAUUGAUAAAGCCACCAAGUCUAUUGAGAAAAUUAAAAACAUCAUUCAGUUUAAGGACGAAAUUAUGAGUAGGCCACCCAGGGAGUGGUUCAUGACGAACAAGGAAAAAUUGCACCUAAGGAAGUUAAACAUGAAGAGUGACAUGUCGUGUGCUGACUCCACGGGUGUGAGUCGAGAUGGUGAAGAUCAUGCUCGAGGUGACAGCGCCCGUAAAAAGGACUCUGAUAAGCAGAGCAGCCGCAAGGCCAAAAAGAAAAAACAAAAGAGUGAUGAACAGGAGGAUAGAAACAAACUCAAAAGUUUUCGUUCCAUUAUAAAAGAACUGAAGCUGAACGUGUUGGUGAACGGAAAGGGGAAAAUGGACAAGUCGAAAAAUGCCACAGGGGUUAGGAAGAACUGGCAAAAGAAUAACGAUGGCGCAGGUGCACGAGGUGGUGAUGGCGGUAAAGGUAUUAAUGGAUACAAUGGAGCUAAGAAACCGGACAACCGCCCCCGCAAGGCAGUUCAAAAAAAGGGAAAGAAGUUAAAGUGA